UUUUACGUGAUUUUACGUGAUUUCCCGAGUAAUUUUCUUUAAGGAAACACAACCACGUACUUGAAAUAGUGCGUUAGAGAGAGCAAACACGAGGGAAUAGGAGAGUGCUAGCUAGAGGAACGGAAGAAGGGUGAAGGAAGAGAAGAGAGCGUGCUACGCGGCUGCUGUAAACCUGUCCGCUACACGUGUUCGUGGGAUCCACCCCACGAAAAGUAGUGCAUGAACGUAGUAGUGCGUGUGUGGUGAUCGAAAAUAGAAGAAGACGGUGUUUAAGGCGCGCGGAAGCGCGCAACCGUGUCUCCAGCCACAGACGAAAAUGACCCAUCACGUGGUGGAAUCCGUCUCCGAGUUAUCCGCUAUGAUGAAAGGCUUGCCGCGAAAACACGCCAAGGCAACGGUGUCUCGAAAGAAUUUGUCGCAGUCGAGCGUUCACACGCGGAAUUAUGACGGCUUUUCAGCUAGCCUUUCUCAGCCUGUCCCAAGUACAAGCGCGACUGCACCUGGAUCACAUUUUUCUCGAAGAUCUCAAAACACUUCUGAUCGCCUGGUUUCUGAAGAAGAAGGUCAGCUCGUUAAUAGCGCGAUAAGAUAUUUCCUUGUGGUAGAUAGAGAAAAACAGGCCAUUAACAAAACUUCUAUAAUGAAGAGCAUCUUUGGGAACCAACGGAAAUAUUUUCAUGGAGUAAUGAACAAAGUGAAAGGUCAUUUAUCAAAGAUUUUUGGCUAUCGGCUGGUGGAACUUGAAGGUAACAAAUACAUACUGGUAAACGAAAUUCAAAACGAAUUACCGCAUAUUUAUCCUGCUGCUAAGGAAGCUAGUCGACAAGUACUGUUAUUCCUAGUACUUACUCACAUUUUUAUGCACGAUGAAUCUUGUAGCGAAGAAAUGCUAUUCAACUUUCUUACAAAUUUGGGUAUUUCCUGUAUGGACAACCAGUGUAAUGUUUAUUUUGGCAAUGUCAAACACUUGAUAACCGAGAUCUUCGUCGCUCAAAAAUAUCUCGACAAAACGAUCAUGGUAAAGGAGGAUUUGUCAAAGGCAGAGUUCAAAUGGGGUCCACGGGCCGAGCAUGAGUUUUCGCGACGUACGGCUUUAGAAUUCGUAUCUGAGGUAUACAACGGAUGUCCAAUAAACAGCUGGCCAUUACAAUAUAAAGCUGCAAUGGCCCGAGAACAGACAACCGACAAUCCUAAUGACAAAAACCGACGCGAAUUUCAUCCUUAUCGAUUACACCAAGCACAAUCUUCCAUUCCAUAUCCGAAGGGAUAA